AUGGCUGAAUUUCCGGUGACCUUGCAUUCACUGAAAUUUGACAACAUGCUGAGAGAGGAAAAUACAGACUCACAAAACAAGGAUCCGGCUUUCUCUAUACCAGCGACAGAAAACAGAGCAGGGGUCCAAGUUCUACAAUCUCAUGCACAAUUGCCUGUAGCCUCGACUUCAGCCUCAGCCUCAGAACCUGAAGGGAUGUGUGCACAAGUCAUGACACCCUCAGCCUUCGACACUAUGCAUGAACCUCAGAUGGGUGCAUCAAAUCCUGGAGCACCGUCCUCACCUCUAACACUGUCCUUGGACUCUGGAACCCUGUCCCCGCUGCUGAUGCCAGGCUCAGAUUCUGAGGCAUUGUCCCCAUUGUUAAUGUCAGUCUCAGACUCUGGAGGGCUUUCUCCAUUUCUGUCCACUUCCGACUAUGGGUUAAUGUCCCCAGGGACGGCUCCUGACUAUGGGAUGAUGCCCACAGCAGUCAUGGCAGCACCAGAUUCUGGAGAGAUGUCAACACUGACCAUGUCAACCUCAUCCUCUGAUGUGAUGGCUACACCUGAAAUGAGCACUCCAUACUUGGGAGAAAUGAGCACUCCAUCUUUGGGAGCAGUUUCCACUCCAUUAAUGCAAACCCUAGAUCCUAGAGAGAUAUCACCACUGCUUGUGCCAGAUAGAAACCCUGCAGAAACAUCUGCACAGCCAGUGACAGGCCCAGACACUGAAGCAAUGUCUCCUUUACAGAUUACAGAUGAAGACACUGAAGCAAUGUCUAAAGUCCUAAUGACUGCUCUUGCUUCUGGUGAGUUAUCAUCCUUGUUCACAUCAGGUACAGAUUCUGAAAUGAUAUCAUCACUGAUAAUGUCAGCCUUGACUUCAGAAUCAAUGGCAGCCCAGUUUAGGAGAAUCCAAGACUCUGGGGGAAUGGCCACACCAGUGAUGCCAGAGUCAGGCUCUGGAAUGAUGGCUUCAUUGCUACCGCCAGUUUCAGGCUCAGGACCAAUGUCCGCACCACUACUGACAGCCCCAGAUGCUGGAGAAAUGUCCAUGUUACUAAAGCCAGCCCCAGACUCCAAAACUGUAUCCCCAUUGCUGUUGACAUCUAUUGACUCUGGAGGGAUGCCAGCCCAGCUAAUGCAGGGCCCAGGUUCUGAAGUGAUGCUAACACACCUAGACUCUGAAGUCAUGUCUACUAAGCCAAUGAGAACAACAGCUUCUGGAGUGAUGUCCACACAUCCCAUGAGAGCUUCAGACUCCACAGUCAUGUGCACUCCACCCAUGAGAGACACAAGCUCUGGAAAUAUGUCUACAUUGCCAAAGGUAGUCCCAGCCGCUGAAGUCAUGUCCACCCCACUGAUGACAGCCACAACCUCUGGAGCAAUGUCCACUGAGAAAAUGCCAGCUACAGCCUCUCGAGUGAAGUCCACACAGUCAUCAAUGACCAAAAUCCCUGGAUCCAUGUCCACAGGGUUUCUGAAUGCUUCGGCUGGUGGAAUAAUGUCCACACAGCAGACAAGAGCUUCAGUCUCUGGACUGAUGAUCACACCAUUGAUGACAGUUACAGCCCCUGAAAUGAUGGCCAUGCCACAAUUUACAGCCUCAGCCUCAGGAUCAAUGUCUACACUGCAAAUGAGGACCCAGGAUUCUGGGGCAAAGUCCAUGUCGCAGAUGCAGAUGAGAGCCACAGCCUCAGGAAUGAUGCCUGCACCACAAAUGCUAGCCAUACCUCCAGGCGCAAUGUCCAUUCCACUAAAGCCAGCCAAAGCCUUGGGGUCAAUGUCUACACAGUUGACAAGAGACACCAGUGUGGGAGUGAUGGCUCUGCCACAAACGAGCGUGAUGGCCUCUGAAGCAUUGUCCAAGCCACUAAUGACAUCCAAAGUCUCUGGAACAAUGUUCCCACAGCAAAUGGCACUUACAACUUCGGGCGAGGUAUCGGCAACACUUAUGGGAAACAUAGCUUCUGGAGAAGAAAUGAUCAUGCCACAAAUGACAGCCGGCUCUGGAGGGAUGACCAGGUUGCUAGUGAGAGCUCCAGGCUUGGGAAUGAUUCCAGCCCCACAAAUGACACCCACAGCCUCCAGAGAGAUGUCUAUGCCACCGAGAGCCCCAGCCUCUAAAGCAAAGCCCAAGUCAAGAGUAAGAUCCACAGCCUCUAGAAAGGGAUCUAAUCAACCGAAGAAGACCCAGCACUCUGCAGGGAUGUCGACAUCACCCAAGAGAUCCACAGGAGGCCGAAAGAGGUCCACACUGCAGCCACAAACCCCAGCCUCUGAAGUCAUGUCUGCUCCCCAAAUGCCCAUCUCAGCCUCUGGAAAGAUGUCCAUGCCACUGUUAAGGGCUUCAGCUUCUGGAGAAAUAUAUAGAGUGGGGCAAGUCCCUGCUUAUGGAGUGAUGCCCACUCCACAAAUGCCUUCUCCAGCCUCUGGAAUGAUGCCCAUGACACAAAUAAGAAUGCCAGUCUCUGAAGUGAUAUCCACUCCACUAGUGAGACCCAUAACUUCUAGAGCCAUGCCUUUACCUCAGAUGAUACCCACAGCCCCGGGGGGAAAGUCCGAGAUGCUGAUGAGACCCUCAGGCUCUGGAGCAAUGUCCACACCAGAAGUGAUGCCUACAGCUUCUGCAGGGAUGUGUGCAGAUUUCAUGAGUGCUUCAGCCUCUAGGAGGAUGUCUGUGUCACAGGCAACAGCCAUGGCCUCUGUAGGGAUGUCCAUGCCACUAAUGAGAGAGAUGGAUUCUGGAGCAAUGCCUAUGUCAUUGAUGCCAUCCAUGGCUUCUGGAGAGAUGUGUAUGCCAAGAAAGAGGACCCCAAUCCUAGGAGCAGCAUCCACACUGCAAACAAGAACUCCAAGCUCUGUAUCUCCAUCAACAGUACAAAUUACAGCCUCUGGUGUGAUGUCCACAUUGGCAAAGAGAGCUUCGUCUUCUGCAACAAUGUCAGAUCCAAACCCGAGAGAUUCUUCAUUUUCUGGAAAAAUGUCCAUGUUGGCCAUGAGGGCCACAGCCUCUGAAGGGAUGUCUGAGCCCCGAAAGGCAACCCUGCCUUCUGGAGGGCUGUCAAGGCCAUUAAUAAGAGCUCCAGCCUCUGGAGCAGGGUUCACCCCACAAAUGAAAGUUACAGCUUCUGUAAUGAUGCCCAGUACAGAAACCCAAACUGCAGAUGCUGGGAAGACAGCAGCAGCCUCUGGGUCAAAGUCCAUGCCACCAAAGACAGUGACAAACCCUGAAAUGAGGAGUCUACCUCCACAAGAAGUCCAAUCCUUUGGAAUGUUAACCCCAGCCCUCUGCUACCUCUUAGAACAGCAGGAAGCGGCCCGGGCUUCAUGCCCUGCAGAAGAAGAAACGGAGAUUGACGAGGAGAAGCAGAUGAAGAUUUUCUUGAACGAUCCCAAGAAAAUGGCUUUUCUGGUGUCACUUCAUUUGGGAGCAGCAGAACGGUGGUCCAUCUUAAAAAUGGAGGUAGGGAAAUCCCUUUCAGCUGAAAAUCGAUCUUUCCUGACCAGAUCAAAGGGUUUAUAUGACUCCUUGUCUGAGGUAGACAUCCUCAGUGCUGUUCUUUGCCAUCCCAAGCAAGGCAAGAAGUCAGUCAGGCAGUAUGCCACCGACUUCCUUCUGCUGGCUCGACAUUUGUCUUGGUCUGAUUCCAUUCUGCAGACCAGGUUUCUGGAAGGGCUCUCCGAAUCUGUUGCCACCAGAAUGGGCCAGAACUUCCUGAAGGUGGCCGGCAGCCUAAAGGAGCUGAUAGACAGGUCUCUUUACACUGAGUGCCAGCUGGCUGAAGAGAAGGCUUCCCCAGGCAACUCAAGCCAGAAUCUGCCAUCAGCCUGUAAGCGGAGUAAUGAAGAGGCAAUGGAGAGUGAACUAAGUUCCCAACAACAGACUGAGGAGCACCAGCAUGUUUCCAAACGCCGUUACUACCUGAAGGAGCAUGGAGACCCUCAAGAAAGUCUUCACGACCACCUUCGACACAGCACAAGCCAUCAGAAGGGCCCUACUUACAAGUGA